CCCAUGUAGUAGAGUAGAUACUGUGGUAAAAUAGCGGCUACGAAUCAACAGGUAGAGAGAAGACUGAUAUUCUCUCACGACAGUUAUUCACAUUUGCAGAAUGGUGAUCGUGUAAAAUGUUAAUAGGUUCUGCGUGAAAUAGUCGAUAAGAUAGUGGUGAAAAUUUUCGCAUUAUUUUUCGUGCGCUGCGACAACAAUUUCUGGAAGAAAUUCCACGCAUUCCUGAGCUGGUCCAGGUCGACCAGCGCAGCAUCCAGGUUAAGAAUGUCACUUUUGUGAUCACUCGCCAAUGACAUGUGAGGAAUGCGGUAAGUGCUAUCUGACUGUCCCACGCCGUGUGCCAACUUGGCUGAGAUUGGUCAGAUAGUAAGAGGGUGCUGGGUGGUCCAAAUGGGCAACAGAGGCCCAUUAUGGCCCAGCAUCAGCAACAACAGCAUCAGCACGAAUUCCUUCCUCUGUGCGAUGUAUUGUUCAAUAUAAUAUCACUGGCUUCCUAUUUUUGUGAUGUUGUUUUUGACCUUGCUAUGGGGUAUGCUCUUGCUCAUCACCCUACAGCACCACCUGCUUUCUUUCCAUUGACUAUUACUCUUGUUGUAACUUCGCUUGUUAUAUCACAGGUGGUCAGUGUACGAUGGUAUCUUUGGGGUGCCAGAGGACAAUUCCGUGGAAAUACUAUCACUACUGGGUGUAAUUCUAAUCAAGAAAAGAAAGCAAAUGGUUGGGUAAUUGGAUGUAUAUUAUUACUUCACUCAACCCAAGUUGGAGUUUUGUGGAGAUACUUUAAAUUGUUCAUUCCUGUUGAUUUGGCCUACGUUAAGCACGAGGUCAGGGAACUUUGUGUACUAAGGCUUAUUCACGCAUUUUGUGAAGCAGCUCCAAUGCUUCUUCUGCAAUUGUACCUGUUAUCAACUGGAAUCACUGACGAGAAUGAACAUGGAGAGAUAGGAUCUAAAGGAGAUACCAGAGAAAGUGGAAAAUUAGCUGAAUUAACAGCCGUGUCUGCUGGUUUGUCUCUAUGGAGUGUAUGCUGGGCAGUGGCCAGUUUUAGUAAGGGUGCUGCACGUCUCAGAAAUUUAGAACGCUUAGUACUCACAUGGCUAGGUGUACUAGCACAGUUAGUUUGGAGAUUAGGAACAGUAAGUGCCCGCGUUGGUGCUCUGGUUGCGUAUGCAUCAGUUUAUGGUAGCCAGUGGUUACUGAUUGUAUUAGCACUUCAUUGGUUAUCCAUGUUUACGUGGUUAUUGCUGACUCCUGAUGGAUUAUUUCACGGUGGAGAAGGCUUACCACUUCCAAGAAAGGCCUUUCUUGCGUCCCUCCUUGCCUUCGUUUACGUAUUUGCAUACGUCAAUCUUCAUGAAACUAAUCACCGACAGAAAAUGGUGAUUUUCUACACAGUAAUGUUCUUGGAGAAUAGUCUACUGGUGGGCGUGUGGGCGGCUGGAGUUCAUAAAAACGAUUUGCAUCCCCUGUCACAUCAUCCACAUCCGGUUACUCUUGCUCUAACGCUUUUAGCUUUAUUUUUUGGCGGACUCUUCUUCAUGGGACUUUAUUAUAGCAGAUUUUUUCACGUAAGAAGACUCAGGUAUGAAGCCGGUGGACGAAUGAAUACGACAAACGUUGUCACUACUUUGUCCAAGCAGGAUGCUGUAGAAGAGAAACAGAUAGAUUACAACGAGGAGAAGAAAGUCGGAAUGAAUAUGGGAAUGCGAAGAGUGAAACUGAGUAAUGGCGGUAUACCAGGAGUAUUCAAUUGCCGUUUUGCAAAUCCUGCAGUUACGAAUCCGAAUCGAAAAAAAAAGAAACCCACAACCUUCGUACCUCCACCACCACCCCAACCGCAGGCAACAUCUUUAACCAUAACACCUACAGGAGACCCGAGACAACGACUGAAUGGCAGCGGUGGUUCGCGACAACUGAUACCAUUUUGGAGAAGGCCACCAUGUACAACCGCAAUACCUCAAGUUGAGGAUGCGAAUGGACAAAGGAACGAAGUGGAGGUCGGCGUCGGUGGGUGUCUUAGCGUGAAUCUAAUCCACGAGAAACUACGAGAGAAGAAGCAGCAACAGCUGCGAGAAUUGCGAGCAAUUCAGGAGGAAAUAAAAGAAGGAAAGCUCGUUCCACCACCUUCGGCUUCAACGUCGUCAUUUUCCUCUUCACCGUCAGCAUCCAAUCAGCAACCACCCCCGAAUACAAAGCUCCACACUUCUCCUAGUUCUCCGCUAUCCCCAUCGCCACCUUCAUUACCUGACACCAAUGGUGGAAUCACUUUAUCCUCUUGGCCGCCAGUCAAGAUGCACUGUUUACUACCACCUCCCCCAGCCUCACCUUACUAUCCCAAUUCUCAUCCUUCUAACCUCUGGAAGGUGCCGCAGAGGGAAAGAGCAGAAACACCAGAAAUUCUAUUAGCGCCCCGGUGCCUUCCUCAUCAUUAUCCACAUUGGACUCCUCCGAGUCACCUGAGUCACAGACUACGGUCGAGUCAUAAUGGCGAGGAGGAAAGUUCUAAGGGCGAGGGCGAAGUCAGCGACAUGGAGGGUAGUCAAGUAUCCUUGCCCCGGAGUUACACUCUCCCACGAGAGUUCAAAUACAAUAAUUCUGGUAACUUAGGAAGAGAGAGGGAACGUCGUGGUGGUAGUAAUAAACCUCCGCAAUCUCGUUUCUACCUACCCUCUACUAAUAGUUCGGACGGAGAUGUGGAUAGCGCGGAUAACGAGGAAGAGACGGAUUCUGAAUUGCAGAUAAGAGCAAAGAACAAUCAUGUUCAUAGUCACGAAGAAAGUCGACAGAGGCGAUACGCAUUUGAUAAUAACGAGACGGUGGAUCCUCCCAAUCCAACUCCAGAAUCCACCGACAGCAGGGUCAUAAGUUCACCUGGUUGUUUUUUGAGUAGUACCUAUGGUGUGCCUCGAUCGAAUCAAUUACUCAGGGCUAAGGUGAAGCACGAGACAAAACUGUGAAUUUCAGUUCCACUAACAUUUAUUUAAAAGUUAUUUAAUAUUGAUAAAGAGCCCGAAUUGAGCACUGGUGCUCAAUAAAGACUCUCGUAAACUAUGACGGAAUAUUCUUUGAAGCACAACAUUUCUUAGAGUAUACCUAGUAAGGAAAAUAUUCUAAACUUGUGCCUGGAUAAGAAAAUAUCCUAGAGCAUGACUAUACUAGUACGAAUUCCAGUGCCUUAUAUUCGUGCCAAUAUGCACGGAGUCGUAUGAUACAAGGUUCUACGUAGAACUGUGUCUCGUUCAGAGAUUCCUCGACUGAUAACUUGGACAUUUUCACAGUAUGGAAAGCAUAAAGUUAAACCACGAAACAACGAAGAAACAAGAUUAUGAUACGGGAUCCAAAGAAAGCCGGUUGUCGUUUUUGGCAAAGCUACCAGAACUCGGAAAGUUCUGGCAACCUACACAGUAUUUCCUGGACAAUAAGAUCCCCGUACCAUUGUCUUCUCGCUGCCAACUGUACUGAUAAUAUUCUAGCUACAUUUACCUAAUUUCCCGUUGUAUUUAACGAAUUAAUGUACUCUGCUAUUUAAGAAAAACAAUGACAACAACAAAGUCUUGGUACUACCUUUUUUCGUAUCUUUGUAAAUACAUGGCUCACAAAGAAAUACUUCAAUAUCACCAAUGGCUGCCCACAGGUAUUACCACAGAAGGAUAUUGCUUGGGUUGAAUAAAGUUGGAUCUCAUUCCUCUGUAAUAGAGGAGUUUCUUCCCUACUGAAUGGAAUUCAUUCUCGUCCAAUCGGGUUCUUCUGCCACAAAAAACCAGUGAUUUAGCACCAAGUACUAUCAGUCACCGCAUUCGCUAAGUUCCACCUACAUAUGUCACGGCUCUACCUAUCUGUACAUACAUGUACCACACGUUCCUAUCCCACAGGAUGCACUCAUCCACGUCCUGUGGGUAUUGACUAUUGAUUAGAAUCCUCCCCAGGACCAAUCCUGGCUUCCGGACGGUAUGAACAAGAUUUAUAGGCAAUCGGGAAAUCCCAUUGUCACCUCGACACUGACAAUACAGCCCUUGACAUGUUAUCUUGCAUUGUCUAUCCAUAACGUAACCAUGCUCACGCGAAACAAUUAGGAUCAAAAUAAAAGAAUAUGAUGAGAAUUUAAAAAUUUUGACAACAUCACUAAUAUCGAAAUUGUCUAUCAACUAUUUAAUUUCCCAGAUAUAUAUUUCAAUAAAGUUGUUUGAUUUUCUUGAA